AUGGCGGUUACACAGAUGCGCCCCUUACUGCGUAGGGCUCGCAACGUGUUUGGUCGCGGUUUGAAGGACGAUGGUGCAAGAAGCUCCUCGGUUGAUACUGGUUCUGUCGGUGCUGUUGAUGCCACGGAGAAGAAAGAUGGUGAUGUUACCGACUUUGCUGCUCCUGUCAAUGAUAAUGGUGCCGAGCUGCCGGAGCCAGAACUCCAACGAGGUGUUAGUGAUGCCGAAGCCUUGACGUUGACCUGGACGAAGAAAACACUCAUUUUGGUAUUCAUCAACAUGUGGUUCCUCUACUUCGUUAAUGCUUUCCAGUCUUCGGUUUAUGAUACUAUUAGUCCCUAUGUCGCGAGUUACUAUGAGUAUCACUCGCUCUCAGGUCUCCCCUCGGCUAUUGCUGAUGCCUGCUCUGCCGCUGUCUUCAUUCCGAUGGCGAAACUUGUUGAUACAUGGGGUCGAGCUGAAGGAUUUUUGCUAAUGACUUUCUUUGCUACCUUGGGUCUGAUUCUGAUGGCUUCUUGCAAUGGCUUCGGAAUCUAUUGUGCUGGAUAUGUCUUCUACGAAAUGGGCUUCAUGGGAAUGGAGUACUGUGUCGAUGUGAUCACAGCCGAUGUCUCCAAGCUAAAGAACCGAGCCUUUGCAUAUGCUUUCACAUCCUCUCCGUAUAUCAUCACUGCCUUCGCUGGUCCCACAGUUGGUCAAGAGUUCUACAAUCUCGCUGGUAAUGGCUGGAGAUGGGGAUUCGGUACUUGGGCAAUUGUCUUUCCUCUUACCGCUGCCCCACUGUUCUUCACAUUGAAGUGGACUGUGAAGAAAGCUGAGAGGCAAGGUCAUUUGAUUCGCGAGCCUAGUGGUCGCACUUUCUGGCAGAAUGUUUGGCAUUGGACCAAGGAAUUUGACUUGGUCGGUGUAUUUGUAUUCACCCUAGGUCUCGUCCUAUUUGAGCUACCCUUCGAUAUCGCCGAUUACGCCCCAGACGGAUGGAGAUCCGGCUAUAUUAUCGCAAUGCUUGUGCUCGGAUUUUCCAUGCUUUUCUUCUUCGCUAUGUGGGAAAAGUUCCUUGCACCGAAACCAAUGCUGGAAAUCUCAUAUAUCAAGAAUCGUACCGUCAUCGGUGCUUGUCUACUUGACGCAACCUACCAGCUCUCCUACUACUGCUGGAACUAUUACUUCACCUCUUUCCUUCAAGUUGUCAACGGGUUAACUCCUCAGGAGGCCGGAUGGAUUAAUCAUAUCUUCGAUAUUGUUUCUGGCCUUCUCUUACUAUUCAUUGGCUGGGUCAUCUCCAUCACUGGUCGCUUCAAGUGGCUACUGUUUAUCUCAGUUCCGUUAUACAUUUUCGCUCAAGGCCUGAUGAUUUAUUUCCGUCAUCCUGGAAUGAGCGUCGGAUACCAAAUCAUGUGCCAGAUCUUCAUUGCGAUUGGUGGUGCCAUCUUCAUCAUCGUUGAGCAACUCGCUAUCCUGGCUGCAGUUGAUCAUCAACACUUUGCCUCAGCACUUGCUCUGUUGAAUGUUGUGGGUACUAUUGGUGAUAGCGCCGGUCUGACCAUCAGUAUGACCGUUUGGGAAAAUACAUUCCCGAAUGCCUUGGAGCGAUACCUUCCAGAGUCGGCGAUAUCGAACUUUGAUAAUAUCUAUAAUUCCUUGGUUGUGCAACGGGGAUACCCACUUGGAAGUGCUACUCGGAUUGCUAUCCAGAAGGCUUAUGGUUAUGCUGAAUUACGGCUGCUUGCUAUCGGUACGGGUAUUAUGGUCCUGGCGAUCCCGUGGGCUCUCAUGAUUAGAAACAUUAACGUGAAGGACAAGCCCCAGGUCAAGGGUACCGUUUUCUAG